CACCACGUAUAAUUUGGUCGGUUCGUCCCCACCGGACUCCAAAAGUACCAUCCCUGAUUCCCGUCACACCUUUUCCGAACACACGCUCAUCACUAUCAGCACGGUGUACACUCUCCCAUGGCCGUCUCUUCGCUUCGUUUCCCGCUCUGUCCAUUCCUCAUUAAAAACCCAAACCCAAGCUUCAGACUUUUCGGAAUCCCAACAUCACCCUUCAGACCAUACUGCUCUUCUUCGUCUUCGUCUUCGUCUUCCUAUUCCGCGUCUCCAUCCUCCGCCCACACAUGGGAAUCUAUCCACAAAAAGAAGGUAGUCUUGCGGGUUGGGUAUGUUGGGACCGAUUACAGAGGUCUGCAAAUGCAGCGAGAUGAACACUCAUUAUCCACUAUUGAAGAAGAAUUGGAGACGGCCAUUUUUAAGGCCGGUGGGAUUCGUGAUAGUAAUUUUGGGAAUCUCCACAAAAUUGCAUGGGCGAGAAGUAGCCGUACGGAUAAAGGAGUUCACUCGUUGGCAACAACAAUAUCCUUGAAAAUGGAAAUCCCUGAAAAUGCAUGGAAAGAAGACCCUUGUGGCAUGGCUCUUGCAAAUCACAUAAACUAUUAUCUUCCCAAAAAUAUUAAAGUCUUUAGCAUUUUACCCUCACAGAGGAGAUUUGAUCCUAGGAGGGAAUGUAAUCUCCGGAAGUAUUCUUAUCUUCUUCCUGCUGAAAUCAUUGGAAUUAAAAGUUACUUUAGCACAACUGAAGUUGAUCAUCAUCUGUUGGACUUAAACAAUAUAUUGAAUGCUUUUGAGGGAGAACAUCCCUUCCACAAUUAUACAGUACGGUCCAAGUACAGAAAACGGUUUCCUACUAAACAAUCACAUGGAAAUGGCAGUGUUCCCAGAAGAGCAAAAGCAUCUGGUGAGGCAGCCUCUGCGAUCGACGGAAGUGAUGGAGAGGAUGAUUUUCAGAGUGAUGGAGCGAUUGCAUUAGAUGUUGAGAGGAUGAGCAAAAACUCUUUAGAAUCCAGUGUUUCCCAUGAACUUCUAGCUGACACUUGCAAUAAGCACGAAAAUGAUCUGAAGUCCCACACCACCAAUUUAGUUGUCCAUGCAAGAUGGCUACAUGAACCUGAUGAGAUGGACAGGAUAGGUGCUUCCCACUUUAGAAAGAUCUUUCACUGUUCUUGUGGAAAGCUGGAGAAAUCACUUGGAUUUCCUUAUGUCGAGCUUUCUAUAUGGGGAGAAUCAUUCAUGUUACAUCAAAUCCGCAAAAUGGUUGGGACUGCUGUGGCUGUAAAGCGCAACUUACUUCCUAGAGAUAUUCUAACUUUGUCGCUUUCCAAGUUCUCACGGAUCAUUCUACCCCUUGCCCCAUCCGAAGUGUUGAUUUUGAGAGGAAAUAGUUUUUCUCUGAGCAAAAGACCGGGAGAUGCAAUGAGGCCUGAAAUGCUAGCGAUAGUUGAAUCAGAAGAAAUUUUGAAGGCAGUUGAUGAUUUCUACACCUCUAUAAUGUUUCCUGAAGUUUCCAACUUACUGGAUCCUUUGGGUUCUCCUUGGAAAGAAUGGGUUGAAAAAUUGGACGAGCAUACAAGCAUCCCUGAUGCAGAAUUGGAUGAAGUCAGGAAAGCUUGGAAAUUGUGGAAGGAAAAGUUUCGGAGUAAUGCCACAGUUGCAUCAGUCAUAAACCAAUGAGACUAAGCCAUGAUCUUUUGAGAUAUAGCUAUGCUUGCUACCCGCUAUAUAUGCUAUACUUGUAUUGGCUGAUGAUUGGAUGUGUCCAGAGCAUGGAAGUUUUAGUAUUGCAAAUCAAGGCAUGUAAGAAGACUUGGAAAGAAGUUUAAGAGGAAAAUAGCCUUCGGUAGCAAGCAUCUGGAUUGGCAAGGUGUUGGAGCAACUGUCGUACAUUUUUUUCCUGCGGAUCGGCAAGGUAUUGUUUCCUUGGGACUUGUUGCCAGCAAAUGCAAAAGUUCAUAUCCAAUCCGGAAUCAAUUAUUACAAUCCCAAUAAAUUCAAACUUAUGACAAACAAUAAUAGUAACUUUAGAAAAUCAUUCGGGAGGAAUAGUAUGAUGGAUUAAACAAAUCUGAUUGUUGUCAGAAUGAGUAACUUCCUUUUGACCAGAAUCAGAAUCAUCAUUUUGUUGCUC